GAGCCGGCGCCUGCACCCUCGGUGAUCGGAGGAAAAGCCAGGAGUAGAGCAUCGCUCCAUCCUGUUUUUUUCGACGAGAAGCGCGAUGUCGCGAGUGUGAAAGCUAAUUGUUACAAAACGAUACACGUGUGUCGUGUUACUCUCGAUUCCGCAAGUUUAUCGAGGGUCAUUGUCGGUCGAGGUCCGCGAGUGAUGAUUGACGAUGGAUGACGGUGAACGUUGAGCAACGUCGGGCUACACCUGGGAUCGUUCAAGACCGACGGCGAGCUUGUGUUCCGUAAUUAUGGAACUUUUCGAAUGAGAGAAUCGCGAAUUAUCAGGAGAUUCUCGUAUGUUGCAAUUGCAGCGAGUACAUCCUCGUCAAAAAUUAUCGCUUUGAAACAGAGGGUCGCGCGUGAUCGACCUUCGGAUUACUUACUCGUGGAUCACUCGUCGGAGAAAUCAGCGGAGAGCAACGAUACCUGGGCGAUGGCGAGCCUCAUUAAUUCGACGGCGCAAUUCAUCAGCGAUGCAUACGACUACUACCUCUGGACGUUGUCCCUCGCAGACGAGAGGACGAGAGGAUGGUUACUAGUUGAUUCGCCGAAACCAACGUUAAUAUACACGUUAUUGUAUCUCCUCAUUGUUUGGGCGGGUCCGAAGGUCAUGAAAAAGCGGAAAGCUUUCAAAUUAACAUGGGCAUUGGUGCCCUACAACCUUGCCAUGGCCUUGCUUAAUGCUUAUAUUGCCAUUCAAUUGUUCGUAGCAUCCACGAGACUACGAUACAGUUACGUGUGUCAGCCAAUAAAGCACAUUACGCGCCCCGAUGAACUUCAGAUUGCUCACGCGGUUUGGUGGUACUACUUUAGCAAACUUUUGGAAUUUUGCGACACGUUCUUUUUCAUCUUGCGGAAGAAGGACAAUCAGUUGAGCUUCCUCCACGUUUAUCAUCACUCCACCAUGUUCUCGUUAUGGUGGAUCGGUAUCAAAUGGGUACCGAGCGGAUCUACUUUCCUGCCAGCGAUGGUGAACAGCUUUAUCCACGUGCUGAUGUACUCGUACUACGGGCUCGCCGCGUUAGGUCGCUCGGUGAGCAAGUAUCUCUGGUGGAAGAAGUACUUGACGAUUCUUCAGCUCAUUCAGUUUACAACCGCUCUGAUUCUGGGCAUUAACGGCAUUCGGUCGGGAUGCGACUUCCCGCUCUGGAUGCAAUACGCACUUGUGAUCUACAUGCUCUCUUUCAUCGUUCUCUUUGGGAACUUCUACGCCAAAGCUUACAUCACAAAGGGUAAACAGGUGUACGCGGAGAAGCGGCUAGAAAGGCUAAAAGCCAAGGAGAAGUUGAUGAAUAUGCAACUAAAAGCUGAUGCAACGCUCAGUAACGGUGCAGCGAUCGCGAACGGACAUGCGAACGGUUACACGAACGGCGUGACCAAGAGGAAGACCCAAUGAAUCUUCCUCUGAGAAUCUUUCCUUAUCGAGAAUCCGACGACACAUGACGCUCGCGAAGCACGAUAAAAAUAGUCACGGACGUUAGUAAUAUUGCAUAAUCGGCGACGGUCAGUGUCGACGUUAGUUUAUAACAUAGGAAAAAAAAGGAAGGGAACGAGAAAAAGAGGAAAAGAGAAUCGGGGAUAUUAUUUAGAGAUUGUGUUCGUGAGCAAACGUGAUU